AUGAAGACCGCCGUCGUGUUUGCCGCUCUUGCCGUCGCCGCCUCGGCGUACCGCUGCAAGUUUGACCGCAUCCAGGACCAGUUCCCGCAGCUGUGCUCUGACUCGGGCAAGGUCGGCGACCAGACCGAGGGCGACAAGUGCUCCAACAAGCACAGCAACUCGUGCUACAAGGUGCACCACGGCACCCCCGGCGACGCCAACUGCAAGCUGUACAUUACGGCCGGCAAGGGCUGCGACGCGACCGACGAGGUCUACGCCGUCGUGCCGUGCACGCCCGGCAUGUCUCACUUUGAGCCCCGCGAGCACAGCUACGUUGUUCGCUGCGACUAG